AUGUCAACUGAGCAUAUUAUAUCUUCUAUUUCAUUAGAUGAUUCUACUUAUAUUCCAACUUUUGAUUUAAAAGUGCUAAUUAACUUUAUAUCUAAUCUUGUUGAAGUAAUUUUAGAUGCAAAUGAACACGAUAUAAAUGAAUAUAUUAUAACAUCUAAUGAUUGUUUACAGAAAUGUGCAAAAUUUGUUUCAGAUACAACAUUAACUGUGCUUUAUAUUGUGAAAGAUGUUAAAAAUUUAAUAGAUAAUAUAGACAAUAAUAAUGCUUCAUAUAAUUAUUAUCUUAAUUUAGAAUUAUCUCCAUCUACACAAACAGUAGCAAUACUUGCAUUAAUCAAGUCUUCCAAACAGCUUAAUCCAGCAAUAAUGCUUCAAGAUCAACUUCAAAUACUUAAUAUUCCUUUGUGGUUCCAAGAAGAAAGAUCAUCUACGUCUAUGAUACCUUAUGAAGCCUUAUAUACAUUAAUUCAUUCUGCUCUUUCACCUUAUUUCGAUGCAUUUGUAAAAGAAAAAGACAAAAUGUUUGAUAGCACAAAAUCAUUGGAAGCUGAUUAUAGAUCAGGAUUUUCUGCAAUAAAAAAGAAGAUUGUUGAAUUAGAACUCUCCUUAUUAAAUUUACAACAAAAUAUUGAAAUACCGAAAAUGUCCUUAACUAUUCAUCCAGAAAUAGAAAAAUUUAUCACUGAAUCUCAAAAACAAAAUAUACAACCUUCAAUACAAUUUUUUCCAAGCAAUCUUUUAACAGAUACAGCAUUUCUUAAUAGUCUUCAGUCAAAUGUUAAUUUUUGGAUUAAAUCAAUCCAAACAAUUACAAAAAUUUCACAUGAUCCUACUUCUGGCACAGCAUUACAAGAAAUUAAUUUUUGGUUAAAUAUGGAAACCUCUUUGGAAAAUAUUGAAAAACAACUUAAAAGUGAUGGUAUUGUUUUGACAUUAGAAAUUUUAAAACAAGCUAAACGAUUUCAUACUACUGUUAGUUUUACUGCUGAUACAGGUUUAAAAGAGACUACUGAAAAAGUUUGCAAAUAUAACCAGUUAAUGAGAGAAUUUCCUUUAAACGAACUUUUAACAGCAACAUCAUUAGAUAAAGUCCAAAAAGCGGUUAUCCAAAUAUUUAAUCAUCUUAAUAAAAAACUUAGAAUUUGUCCUUAUCCAAUUCGUAGAGUUUUGCCUUUGGUAGAAGCUAUUUCUUCUGAUUUAAAUACUCGUAUUCAAAGUUUACUUGGUAGUCAAAAGUUAAUGCACCUUGAGUAUACAUAUUUCAAAAAAUUAAUGAAAUUGACAGACGAAGUUUUUCAAACAUGGGAUGACCAUUUGAAAGAAUUUACAAAUAUGGCAAGAGAAGUCACUCGUAAACGCAGCGAAAAGUUUAUUCCUAUAAAAAUUAUUUCACAACAUAUUAAAACGCAAGAAAGAUUAGCAUAUAUAAAAACAUUUAGACAGGGACAUGAACAAUUACGAAGCACAAUUAUUAAUGUUUUAGAAACAUCUAAAUUGUCUUCUGAUAAAAAAUAUUCAGGAUUUGAUGAAGUUACUGAUAUAAAUAUUAUGAAUGAAAUUUCAGAAGCAUAUUCUCUUCUAAAUGCAGUUGAUGUAUUGGAUAUUUCUCCAGAAGGCACAAGAUUAUGGGUACUUUCUGAAAAUAAUUAUAAUGAUCGAAUUUCUAGAAUUGAAAAUAUUAUUAUAAAUAAAUUAAGAGAUAGAUUAGGUACUACAAAAACUGCAAAUGAAAUGUUUAUGGUUUUUUCCAAGUUUAAUCCAUUAUUUAUUAGACCAAAAAUUCGUGGUGCUAUACAAGAAUAUCAAACACAACUUAUUAAUAAUGUGAAAUCUGAUAUAGCUAAUUUGCAUAAUCGAUUUAAAAUGCAGUAUAGCAAUUCAGAGUCAUAUUUGGUGGCACAAUUGCGUGAUAUUCCCCCAAUUUCGGGAGCCAUUAUUUGGAUAAAACAAAUUGAGCGACAAUUAGAUACAUACAUGAAAAAUGUUGAAAAUGUUCUUGGAAAAGGCUGGGAAUUGUAUGCAGAGGCUCAAAAGUUGCAAGCAGAUAGUACAGUGUUCAAAAAAAAGCUUAAUGCUCGUCAGAUUUAUGAAGCAUGGCUUCAAGAUGUCACACGGAAAAAUUUAUCUAUAAGUGGAAAAUUGCUUAAAAUAGUUCAGAAUCGUACAUUAGGUAAUAAAUUAGAGCUAAAACUCAAUUUUGAUCACCAAAUUAUUAUGUUGUUCAAAGAAGUUCGAAAUCUUCAAUGGUUAAAUUUCUCAAUACCCCAUUCUAUAAAUAGCAUUUCAAAAGAAGUUAAAAGGCUUUAUCCAUAUAUUAUAAGUCUUAUAGAAACUAUUCGAAAUUAUAUUCAAAUUAAUGAAAAAAUAUCCGAUAUAAAUGAUAUUUCUAUCUUGCUUGCUGAAUAUCAAAAUGAUAUACAAAAUUUUAUAUCAAAAGGAAUGAAUUUAAAUUGGGAAUCUUUCAUUUAUUCAUAUGAUAGUCAUAUACGAACAUUGGAUUAUUCUAAUAUUAAUAUCGAAAAAUAUAAUAAUACUCAACGUGAAAGCCGCUAUGUUCUUUUUGUACGCGAUUUUUCUUUAUCAGUUUCAACAUUGAAUGAAAAAACAAAUAUUUUAUUUAAUUCAUACAAUAUCAUCCUCAAUGAAUUAAAAGAAUUAAACACAUGUGUUUAUAGUCAGGAAUCAUUUAGUUUUAUUCUUGAGAAUAUUCAGAAAGAAGUUGAUCGCUUAAACUUUGAAAGCUUUUCUAAUUUAAAUUUUUGGGUCGAUAAUCUUAACCGUAAAAUUGAAAAUAUAUUAAUAGAACGAAUCAUUCAGUCUUCUCAAUUAUGGGUUAAAAAAUUUACUUCAUUUAAAGAAAUAAAUAGUCUAGGUUCUGAAAAAGAGCAAAUAAAUUAUAUAAAUUUUUAUUCUAUCGAAUCUAAUAAUCAUAUACUUCCUGAAUUCGAACAAUUUACUUACAAGAUACAUAUUCGUAAUAACUUAAUGUUUCUACAACCUUCUAUUGAAAAAUCUAAAUUACAUUGGUUCAAACAUUUUCAUAAUUGGAUAGAUAUUGUAUGUAAACAGAAAAAAAUUACUGCUUUUCGAUAUCAAAUAAAUAUUAAUCUUAAUUCUCUAGCUGAUCAAAAUAUAGAAAUACCUACGUAUAAAUAUUUACUCUCAAGAAUAGAAAGCUCUUAUUUAUCCAAUGUUUAUUCAUCCAUUCUUAAAGUCCACAACGAAAUAAAUAUUUAUAUUGAAAAGUGGUUUCAAUUUCAAUCACUCUGGGAUUUACACUUGGAUCAUAUCUCUACUCUUCUUGGAAAUGAUCUAACAAAAUGGUUACAGAUUUUACGAGAAGUAUGGAAAUCUCGUUCUACUUUUGAUACAGCUGAAACUUCACGUUCUUUUGGGGUCUUAGUUGUAGAUUAUGAACAAGUUCAAAAUAAAAUAAAUUCUAAAUAUGAUUCUUGGCAGAAGGAUAUAUUAAAUAAAUUUUCUAGUCAACUAUGUGAAAAUAUGAAAGAAUUUUAUUCCCAAAUGACUAAAAUGAGACAUAAUUUAGAAUCACAAUCUCUUGAAGGUUCAAUAGAAAAGACUAUUUCUUUUAUUACUACUGUUCAGCAAUGUAAAGAACAAAUAAAGAAACAUAAAGAAUUAAUCUCAUUAUAUCAACAAGGACAAACAGUUUUAUCUAGACAAAGAUAUCAUUUUGGUAGUGACUGGCUUUAUAUUGACCAGAUUGAAGGCGAAUGGGGAAUGUUAUCUGAUAUAUUAAAUCGGAAAUGCGCACUUGUAAUAGAUCAAAUUGAUAUUUUAAAAACAAAAAUAAUUACAGAAGAUCAAAUUAUUUCGUCAAAAAUAUCUUUAAUUAUUGAUGAUUGGAAUGAACGAAAACCUGUUUCAGGCAAUCUUGAUCCUUUAUUAGUGUUUAACAUGCUUUCUGAAUUUGAAUCAAAAAUUAACUUGCUAGUUGAUGAAAGAAAUUCUAUUAUAAAAGCCAAAGAAGCUCUUAGCCUUAAUAAUACUUCAGAUAAUCAUCUUCAUACUGUUUUAGAAGAAGUGAUGGAUUUUAAGUCGGUAUGGUCUGCUAUUAAUACUCUUUGGAAAUCAUUAAAUGAAUUAAUGGAAACUCCUUGGAGUCUUGUUGUCCCUAGGAAAAUUCGGCAAUCUUUAGACAAUUUGUUAAAUAUUGCGAAAGAAAUGCCUAGUUCAAUCAGACAAUAUAUACCUUUUGAACAUAUGCAAAAUUUACUUCGUCAAUAUAUCAAAGUCAAUUAUCUCAUAUCAGAACUUAAAGCACAGUCUAUAAAAGAAAGACACUGGGAAAAACUUUUUAAGCUUCUUAGGCCUCAAGAACAUAUUAUUCCAAUCUCUCUUACUAUAGGCGAUGUUUGGAAAUUAGAUCUUGUAACCAAUAAAAAUAUUAUUAUGAAUAUUAUAUCAGAUGCUCAAGGAGAGAUGGCAUUAGAAGAGUUUAUAAAAAAUGUUCGUGAAACAUGGUCAAAUUAUUCUUUAAAUUUACUUAACUAUCGAAAUAUAUGUAAAUUAAUUUGUAAUUGGGAUGAACUUUUUACAAAAUGCAUUGAUGAUCUUAAUUCUUUUUCAGCUAUGAAAAAUUCCCCAUAUUAUAAAAUAUUUCAAGAAGAGGCAUCAUCUUGGGAAUAUCGUCUUAAUAAAGUACAUAUCUUAUUUGAUUUAUGGGCAGAUGUUCAAAGACAAUGGGUAUAUUUGGAAGGAAUUUUCUCGGGGAAUACUGAUAUUAAACAUUUAUUACCUAUAGAAUCACAAAGAUUUGAAAAUAUAAGUUCUGAAUUUCUUACAAUAAUGAAAAGAGUUUAUAAGUCUUCUUUUAUACUUGAUAUAUUAUCUAUUCCGAAUAUUGAUAAGUCUAUGGAAAGGUUAUUGGAUUUACUUCAGAAAAUACAAAAGGCUCUUAGUGAAUAUUUAGAAAAAGAGCGAGCUUUAUUCCCCCGAUUUUAUUUUAUUGGUGAUGAAGAUUUGUUAGAAAUGAUUGGAAACAGUAACGAUAUUAAAAGGAUUCAAAAACAUUUUUCCAAAAUGUUUUCUGGGUUAUACAGUUUAAUUUUAGAUAAUGAUUCGGUUAUAAUUAGAGGAUUUUCAUCUAAAGAAGGUGAAACAGUUUUUUUAGAAAAUCCUAUAGAUUUAUCUAAAACUUCAAAAAUUAAUGAAUGGUUAACUUUAUUGGACAAUCAAGUUAAAAAUACACUUGCUGGUUUACUAGUACUUGCUAUAAAUGAUUUCAAGAAUCUUUAUGAAAGUAUCAAUUUAAAUGAUUCUCAUUUACUUAAUUUUUUUGAUAAAUAUCCAGCACAAAUUAUUGUUCUUGCAUUACAAAUUAUUUGGACUGAAAAUAUGGAAACUGCUUUAUUUGAUUCGACUGUUUAUGAUGAAAAUCUAUUAAAACAUAAUUUAUCUUGGAUUGAUAUUUUUUUAAGCGUACUUUCAACCUUGGUAGUUCAUGAUAUUAAUAUUAUACAACGUAAAAAAUCAGAAAAUUUAAUUACAUGUCUAGUUUAUCAAAGAAGCAUAAUAAAUAUGUUAUUAAAAGAAAAUAUUUCUUCAAAAAAAUUUAAAUGGGAAUAUCAAAUGAGAUUUAGCUUUAAAGACAAAACUAAUAUAAGAAGUCUUCAAGUUUUAAUAGGGAAUGUUAGUUUUAACUAUGGAUUUGAAUAUCUUGGUAUACCAGAUAAAUUAGUUCAGACUCCUUUAAAUGAUAAAUGCUUUCUUACUCUUACUCAAGCUUUAAAACAAAGACUUGGUGGAUCGCCUUUUGGUCCAGCUGGAACUGGAAAAACAGAAUCUGUAAAAGCAUUAGGUGCUCAUUUAGGAAAAUUUGUGCAAGUAUUUUGUUGUGAUGAUACAUUUGAUUUUCAAGCAAUAGGAAGAAUACUUCUUGGUAUUUGUCAAAUCGGUGCUUGGUGUUGUUUUGAUGAAUUUAAUCGUUUAGAAGAAAAAAUUCUUAGUGCAAUUUCACAACAAAUUCAAAUUAUCCAAUCAGCUUUAAAGAAUAAUGAAGAAAAUAAUCAUAUUCAGAUUGAAUUGGUUAACAAAAAAAUCAAAGUACACCCAGAAACAGGUAUUUUUGUAACUAUGAACCCUGGAUAUGCAGGGAGAUCAAAUCUUCCAGAAAAUUUAAAGAAACUUUUUAGAAGUAUAUGCAUGACACGUCCUGAUAAAGAAAUGAUUGCUCAAGUUACAUUAUAUUCUCAAGGAUUUUUAAUGGCUAAAGAACUUGCAUCUAGUAUUGUACCUUUUUUUGAAAGAUGUAGUACUAAACUAUCUUUUCAACCUCAUUAUGACUUUGGACUCAGAGCAUUAAAAGAUGUUCUAAUUACUUCUGGAAAUCUUAAAAGAUUGUUAAAUCAGAGGAAAAAAGAAAAUAAUGUUUUUAAAGAUGCACUAGAAACUGAAAUUAUAGUUCAAAGUUUAAAGGAAACAAUAUUGCCAAGACUAAUAAAAAGUGACAUGCAAAAUUUAUUAGAAAUAGAGAAAGAGUUAUUUCCAAAUAUAAAUUAUAUUCCAACAAACCUUAAUGAAUUAGAAGAAAAAAUUAAAAAGGUUUCUACAGCUGAAAAGCUGCUUCUUAGUGAUGACUGGAUAAUAAAAAUUUUACAAUUAUAUCAAAUUCAGUCUAUUCAUUAUGGUGUAAUAAUGGUUGGCUCUUCAGGGACAGGAAAAUCAAAAGUUUGGACUAUUUUAUUAAAAAGUUUGGAAACUCUUACUGGAAUAGAAUUUGUAUAUCAUAUUAUAGAUCCUAAAGUUUUUUCUAAAGAAGUUCUUUAUGGAAGUCUUGAUCCUAUAACUCGGGAAUGGACUGAUGGUUUAUUCACUAAUAUUAUUAGAAAAAUAGUCAAUAAUUUACACAGAGAACAAUUGAAAAAACAUUGGAUUAUUUUUGAUGGUGAUAUUGACCCAGAAUGGGCUGAAAAUUUGAAUAGGAAACUUUUAACUUUACCAAAUGGUGAGCGUUUAAAUGUUCCUAAUAACGUGAGAAUUCUUUUUGAAACAGAAACUUUAAAAUAUGCAACACCUGCAACAGUAAGUAGAUGUGGCAUGAUUUGGUUCGAUCAAGAAACUAUCAAACCAAAUAUGAUUUUAUAUAGUUAUCUAAAUUCUUUGCGUUUUACAGCCUUUGAAAAGAUUGAGGAUGAUAGUUCAUUCUCUGUUAAUCUUACAAAUUUACUUGAUAUUCAAAAAAUUGUUGCAGAUAUUUUAGAUGCAUUUUUUUUAAGAAAUGGACUUAUUAUACAAGCAGUUGAAUAUGCUCAAAAAUUAGAUCAUAUAAUGGAUUUUAUUAUGAUAAGAUCUUUAAAUUCUUUAUUCACAUUAAUAAACGCAACUUGCAAAGAAUUGGCGAGAUAUAAUUCUCACAAUGAAGAAUUCCCUCUAACUAAUCAAAAUAUUGAGGCUUAUAUGUCAAAAAAAAUAUUGUUAUACAUUAUAUGGAGCUUUUCUGGGGAUUGUAAAUUUGUUGAAAGACAGAAAUUUGAAAAUUUUAUAAUUCAAUUUACUACUGUUGAACUUCCAGCUUUUUCUAAUAACAAAUAUUUGCUUGAUUAUGAUGUAUCAUUGCCAUAUGGGAACUGGGAACUAUGGGAAACAAAAGUGCCUACUAUUGAAAUUGAUAUUCAUUCACUUUUUAAGUUUGAUUUUAUUAUUCCAACAGUUGAUAUACUUCGACAUGAAGCAUUAAUCUAUUUAUGUCUAAUUGAACAUAAAUUUUUUAUAUUAUGUGGUCCUCCUGGUUCUGGAAAAACAAUGAUGUUAUUGAAUGUGUUACAAAAAUUGCCUAAUAUAGAUGCAUUGACGCUUAACUUUUCUAGCACUACAAAUUCUGAUUUAAUUAUUAAAACUUUAGAACAAAAUUGCGAAUAUAUAAAAACUGUUCAUGAAGUUAUUAUGAGACCUAAAUCUCUGGGUCGUUGGCUUAUAGUUUUUUGUGAUGAAAUUAAUUUGCCUAUUCCUGAUGCUUAUGGUACUCAAAGGGUUAUUUAUUUUUUACGUCAAUUAAUUGAGUAUGGAAAAUUUUGGAGUUCUAAAGUUAAGGCUUGGAUUAAACUAGAAAGAAUACAAUUCGUAGGUGCUUGUAAUCCUCCAAGUGAUGUUGGAAGAGUUGUUUUUAGUAACAGGUUUUUACGGCAUUCUUUUGUUAUAAUGAUUGAUUAUCCUGAGAAAGCAUCUCUUAUACAGAUAUACAGGACCUUUAAUAAAACAAUAUUAAAGUGUAUGCCUAAUUUAAGAAGCUACUAUAAAGAAUUUACAUAUGCGAUGAUUGAUUUUUAUCUUUUAUUAAAGCAAAAAUUUACACCAACUACUUAUGUACAUUAUGUUUAUAGUCCACGAGAACUUACACGCUGGAUUCGUAAUAUAUAUGAAAUGAUAUUUCCUUUAGAAAUUUUAAGUUUACAUGAAUUUGCUCGCUUAUGGUUUCAUGAAUCAUUAAGACUGUUUCAGGAUCGUUUAGUUAAUGAUCACGAAAAACAAUGGAUGGAAGAUACUUGCAAGAAAACAAUUUUAGAAUAUUUUCCCAAUUUAUUAGAUUCUACUUUUAAUGGGCCGUUAUUGUAUUCAAAUUGGCUUUCCAAAGAUUACUUACCUGUAAGUAAAGAAUCUCUUCAUGACUAUGUUCAAGCACGUUUAAAAACUUUUUGUGAAGAAGAAGUUGAUGCUCCAUUAAUUCUAUUUGAUGAUGUUUUGGAUCAUCUUCUUCGUAUUGAUAGAGUAUUUAAUCAAUCUCAAGGUCAUUUAAUCUUCAUCGGAAUUAGUGGUUCUGGAAAAACAAUAUUGUCCCGGUUUGUUGCUUGGAUUAAUGGUUUAAAAACAUUUCAACUCAAAAUUCAUUCCAAAUAUUCUUCUAAUGACUUUGAUAAUGAUUUGAAACAUAUUUUGCUGCGAGUUGGAUGUAAAGGAGAAAAAAUAUGUUUUAUUCUUGAUGAAUCGAAUAUACUUACUACAUCUUUUUUGGAACGAAUAAAUACUUUACUUGCGAAUUCAGAAAUUGCCGGUCUUUUUGAAGGCGAAGAAUUUACUUCACUUAUUUCGAGUUGUAAAGAAGCUACACAAAAAGAAGGUCUUCUUUUGGAUUCCCAAGAUGAGCUUUAUAGUUGGUUUUCUCAACAAAUUUCUAAAAAUCUCCAUGUAGUAUUUACAAUGAACCCUUUGAAUGAAGGAUUAUCAGAAAAAGUAUCUGCAUCUCCUGCUUUAUUUAAUCGUUGUGUUAUAAAUUGGUUCGGAAAUUGGCCUAUGCAAGCAUUUUAUCAAAUCGCUAGUGAACUUACUUCUUCUUUAGAUUUAGAGAAAUUAAAUUAUGUCCCUCCUCCAAACCCUCCUACUAUUUAUAUACAAGGUUCAUUUACUUAUCGUGAAGCUAUUCUUGAUUCUAUUGUUUUUAUUCAUUAUUCAAUACAAAAACUUAAUCAAAAUUUUUUGAAAUCUAAUAUUAAAAUAUAUUUAACUCCUAGACAUUUUAUUGAUUUUGUACAACAUUUUGUUCAACUUUAUUUAGAAAAAAGAGAAGAAUUAGAAGAUCAACAACGGCAUUUAAAUUCUGGUACUGAAAAACUUCAAAAUACAGUUAAUAAAGUUUUAGAAUUAAAAUGUGAGCUAGCAAAAAAACAGGAACAACUGGAAAUUAAAAAUAAACAAGCCAAUGAUAAACUUAAACGGAUUGUUGAAGAUCAAAAAGAAGCUGAACAGAAAAAAAUAAUUUCUUUAGAAAUUCAAGAAUCUCUUUAUAUUCAAGAAGAAAAAAUUAAUGCUCGAAAAAAAAUAGUGAUUGAUGAUUUAGCUAAAGUAGAAUCAGCAGUGGCAGAAGCACGGCGUUUUGUUGGUGAUAUUAAAAAACAACAUUUAACUGAAGUAAGAUCUAUGACUAAUCCUCCUGAAGUUGUUAAGCUUACUAUGGAAUCUGUUUGUACUCUUCUUGGUCAGAAAUUUGAUAAUUGGAAGACAGUUCAAGGAAUAAUAAGAAGAGAUGAUUUUAUAUCAAAUAUAUUGAAUUAUGAUAACGAUAAACAUAUGUCAAAACAGUUGAGAAUAAAAAUGCAGACAUCUUAUAUCUCAAAUCCUAACUUUACAUUUGAUGUAGUAAAUCAUGCUAGUAAAGCGUGUGGUCCAUUAGUAUUAUGGGUAUGUGCUCAAGUAAAUUAUUCAGCUAUUCUCGAGAAAAUAGCACCAUUGCGUGAAGAAGUUGGUCAUCUUGAAGCACAAGUUUAUGAAAAUAAGACAGAAAUUGAAAAUAUAAUUGUUACUAUUCAAGAACUUGAAAAAAAUAUUUUGUUGUAUAAAGACGAAUAUGCAACUCUUAUUAGUGAUACGCAAAUUAUUAAAUCAGAGAUGAGUCAUGUGCAACAAAAAGUAGAUAGAAGUUUGAAACUUUUAAAUAGUCUUUCUUCUGAGCGUAACCGCUGGGAACUAGAAAGUCAAUCAUUUGAUGAUCAAAUUGAUACUUUGGCUGGUGAUGUGUUACUUUCGUCUGCUUUUUUAGCAUAUCUUGGCAUAUAUGAUCAGCAAGUACGAUUAGAUAUUCAAAAAAUAUGGAGAGCUCAACUUCAAUCAUUAAAAAUUAAUAUGAAAAAAAAUAACUUUAUUUCUGAAUAUCUUGUUACCAUAGACGAGAAAUCGGAAUGGAUAGAUAAUUUGUUACCAUCAGAUGAACUUUGUAUUGAAAAUGCAUUAAUUUUGAAACGAUGUUAUCGAUAUCCUUUAAUUAUUGAUCCUUCUAAUUGUGUUAUUGAAUAUUUAACUAGGAGUUUUAAGGAAAGAAAAUUAACUGUAACAAGUUUUUUAGAUAAUACAUUUAUAAAACAUUUAGAAAGCGCACUAAGAUUUGGAAAUUCUAUUUUAAUUCAAGAUGCGGAAUAUUUGGAUCCAAUAUUAAAUCCAAUUCUUAACAAAGAAUAUCAAAGAGCUGAUGGAAGAGUAUUAAUUCAGCUUGGAAAGCACGAUAUUGACUUUUCUUCUACAUUUAAGUUAUUUUUAUUAACAAAAAAUCCUUCAAUAAAUUUUGGACCUGAAAUCUCUAGUAGAGUUACAUUUAUCAAUUUUACUAUAACUAGUAGUAAUCUUCAAUCUCAAUGCUUGAAUAGAAUACUUUGUUCUGAAAGGCCUGAAGUUAAUGAACGAAGAGAUAAUUUAGCUAAACUUCAGAACAAAUUUAGGUUACGUCUUACACAUCUUGAAAAAAAUCUUCUUAAUAUUCUUAAUGAAUCUCAAGGAAACAUUCUUGACGAUGAUAGUGUUUUACAAACAUUAGAAGAUUUAAAAAAAGAGGCAUCUGAAAUUUCUGAAAGGGCUUUAGAAACUGAAGAAAUUAUUCAUGAAAUUGAACAGAUAACAUUAUCAUAUAAAUCUGUAGUAUCUUUAUGCAGCUCAAUAUUUGAAAUAAUGGAACAAUUGGCUUCAAUAUGUCCGUAUUAUAAUUUUUCUUUGUUAUUUUUUCAAAAUAUUUUUCAUAAUGUUCUGAACAAUAACGAGAAUCUGAAAAAAGAAACCGAUUUUUCUAAAAGAAUUCAAAUUCUUUCACAAGAUAUAAUAUUAACUACAUUUAAGAAAGUUUCCAGAGCGUUGUUACAUAAACAUCAUGUGCUUUUUGGUCUAUUACUUUCAAGGCUUGUAAUUUUAACAAAGGAAAUUAAAGGAUUCGAUAACCAUGCUUUUGAAUUAUUAUUUAGUCAUGAAAUACCUGAAAAUGAUUUUUCUGAAACUUUAUCUAAUAUUGAUAUUAAAAAAUUGGAAAUUCCAUAUUUUAAUGAUAUUGAUAAAUAUAUUGAUAAAGAUUUAAAAGCAUUUAACUUUUUUUUAACUACAGAGAAGGCUGAAGAUAAUGUACCUGUAUUAUGGGAAUAUUGUGAAGAGGAAUUAAAUAAUAAAGUUCGUCAAUUGCUUGUUAUUAAAAUGUUCAGAAUGGAUCGUUUGGUCCCUGCUAUUGAGAAGUUUAUAAAUGAUAUUUUUAAUGAAAAUAUUUUUUCUCAAAUUUCAUAUGAUAUUAAAUUUCUUAUUGAAAAUGAAGUAACAUCUCAGAUUCCAAUUAUUUUAUGCUCUGUUCCUGGAUAUGAUGUUAGCCAUAAAAUUGAAAAUUUUGUUAAUCAAAUAUCUGUUGAUUGUCAAUCUAUAGCUAUGGGAUCAAUAGAAGGUCUUUCUCAAGCUGACAGGGAAAUAACAUUAGCUAGUCAAAAAGGCACAUGGGUCCUUUUAAAAAAUGUUCAUUUGACAUCUUCUUGGCUAGAUUAUCUUGAAAAGAAAUUACAAAGUCUUAAACAUCAUUCAAAUUUUCGUUUAUUUAUUACAAUGGAAAUAAGUUUGAAAAAAGCUCCAGUAAAUCUUCUCAGAAUGUCUCGAAUACUAAUGUUUGAACCUCCACCAGGAAUUAAGGCAAACAUGUUAGAUACAUUUGAGUCAAUUCCUGUAUCAUAUUUUAAUAAUGGACCUCUUGAGAAAACCCGUUUAUACUUUUUACUUUCAUGGUUUCACGCACUAGUACAGGAACGAUUACGUUAUGUUCCAUUAGGGUGGUCUAAAUUAUAUGAGUUUAAUGAAUCUGAUUUUGAGUCUGGUAUAUGGAUGAUAAAUAAUCUGGUUAUAAAUUUAGCACAAGGUCGUUCAAAUAUAUCUCCAGAAAAAAUACCAUGGGAAGCUAUUCGUUUUCUUUUAUAUGAAUCUAUUUAUGGUACUAAAAUUGACGAUGAUAAAGAUUUAAGAUUACUUAGUAAAAUGAUUCAAAAUAUAUUUAUACCUCAGUCUUUUGAUUUUGAUUACCAACUUGUUGAAAAUAGUCUUGUUGCUCCUGAUUGUUUAAGAAGAGAUGAAUUUCUUAAUUGGAUACGUGAUUUGCCUGAAAGAGAACCUCCAAUGUGGUUAGGAUUACCUGAGUAUGCGGAAAAAGUAAUUUUUCUUUCUCAAGGAAAAGAAAUGCUUAAUAAUCUCAGAAUUAUAAUAAAUGAAUUAAAAGAGUUAAAAUUAUAA